ACAAAAUGGAAAAACAACAAAUUCAUUCACAAGACAGUAAACUAGCAAAUAACAGCUCAAGUGAAAAUGUAAGCUGGGCAGACAUAAGCGAAACUAAUGCAGCCAAAGAGUGUAAUGUACGUGUUUUAGAAUCAACUGAUGUAAACAAACAAACUGAUAACCUGCAUGUGAGUGCAAAAACACAUGAUUCAAUAGAAUCAAAAAUCCCGGACCUGCAAUCAGACCCAGUCUAA